CCCAUUCCCAUUCCACGCAUUCCAAUUCCAAAAAAAAAAAAAAAGCCCAUCUCAAAAUUCGAUUCCAAUUCCAGUUCGUCUCGCUCGCCGCCAAAUCGCCCCCUCGCUGCCUCCGUCUCGCCUCGCCGGCGGCAAUGGAGUGGCUGGACGAGUACGAGAAGCUGGUGAUCAGGAUGAACACGCCGAGGGUGGUGAUCGACAAUGCUGUGUGCUCGACGGCGACGCUCGUCCAGGUGGACAGCGCGAGGAAGACGGGGGUGCUGCUCGAGGCGGUGCAGGUGCUCGCCGACCUCGACUUGUCCAUCAACAAGGCCUACAUCUCGUCGGAUGGGAGGUGGUUCAUGGAUGUCUUCCAUGUGACCGACCGCCUCGGUUGCAAGCUCACCGACGACAGCGUCAUCACCUACAUCGAGCAGUCUCUGGGGACGUGGAACGGGCCGGCGCGGCCGGCGGCGCUCGAGGGGUUGACGGCGCUGGAGCUGACGGGGGCUGACCGGACGGGGCUCAUCUCGGAGGUGUUCGCCGUGCUCGCCGACAUGGACUGCGCCGUCGUGGAGGCCCGCUCGUGGACGCACCGCGGCCGCCUCGGCUGCCUCGUCUUCCUCCGCGACGAGGAGGCCGACACCGAGAGGAUGGCGCGCAUCGAGGCCCGCCUCGGUCACCUCCUCCGCGGCGACUCCACCGGCGCCGGCGGCGCCGUGGCCGCCGUCCCCGCCGCCGCCGUCGCGCACGCCGAGCGCCGCCUCCACCAGCUCAUGUCGGCCGACCGCGACCAGGAGGAGCGCGCGGCGGCGGCGGCGGCGGCGUCCCCGACCCCCGCCGUGUCCGUCCAGAGCUGGGCGGAGCGCGGGUACUCGGUGGUCACCGUCCAGUGCCGCGACCGCCCCAAGCUGCUCUUCGACGUCGUCUGCACGCUCACCGACAUGGACUACGUCGUGUUCCACGGCACCAUCGACACCACCGGCGACCAAGCGCACCAGGAGUUCUACAUCCGCCACGCCGACGGGAGCCCCAUCAGCUCCGAGGCCGAGCGCCACAGAGUGAGCCAAUGCCUCCAGGACGCCAUUGAACGGAGAUCACUAGAGGGAGUGAGACUGGAGCUGUGCACGCCGGACCGGCCGGCGUUGCUGUCGGAUGUCACCCGGACAUUCAGGGAGAACGGGUUGCUGGUGGCGCAGGCGGAGGUGUCCACCAAGGGCGACAUGGCCUCCAAUGUGUUCUAUGUCACCGACGCCGCUGGCCACGCCGUCGAGCAGAGCGCCAUUGAUGCCGUGAGGCAGAGGGUUGGCAUGGACUGUCUCGUUGCCAGGGAGGAGCACCGGCCGCAGCUCUACCAGAAAGCUGGGCCGCGCGACGCCGUCGAUGGCAAUGGCGGCGGCGGCGGCAUUGGGCUGUUCUACCUUGGCAACUUCGUCAAGAGGAACCUGGUCAGCUUGGGAUUGAUCAAAUCGUGCUCGUAGACAUGAAAACAAAAUGGAGAAUCCAACAAGAACACAACAAAUUCAGUCGAGACAGCUUGUUCAUCUUGCUUGCUGCUACUGUUGUACGUACAACAUUCUGAAACACAACAUGAAAGGUGCAGAAGUGGCUGAUGAAAUCUCAGGCAUGUCACAUUCGGAUCAGGAAACAGAGAUUGCAAGAUUGGUGACAUACAUCCAUUAAUGGAGAAUCAAGAUCCAUGGUAGCCAAGCAAGAGUUGCCCAAGGGAGGAGGAACAAGAUGAUACUAGAGUACUAGAGCCUAGAGCCUAGCAGUAGAAAAGUUGGGAGAGCUAUGUACAUAGGGGGAAUUUGAUGCUGUUAGUGGUACUAGUGUGUAGUGAGUGCAUUCAUGAUGUUCUUAGGUAGAGACAGUAGACAAACAAUGGAAUUCCAGGACGGUUGGUUAUUCUGUACUGUGCUGUUUUUCUGCCCUUCUUUGGCAAAACAAAAUUCUUUGGGUUCGUUAGCUUUGCUU